AUGUUAUCGCGUACCAGCACCGCCGCUUUCUCAAUGGUAGCCAUAUUUCGUCUUGCUAUAUGCGCCUUUGUGGACUCGCCCAAUGAUCCCAUUCCCGAUCAAUGGAAACAGUCUCUGCCAAUGGCAUGGGAUAAUACUGAAAUCAUGAUGAGUGCCAUUUUUCCAGAUAAUGGUGGACUUUCGAAGUAUCACAACUGGGCUAUUGACCAGAUUAUGGAUGGGAAUGGUACGAUCAAUGUUUGCAUGAAUUGGAUCUCAGAUUCGAUUCUUGAUGAAGAGACGAGAAAAGAUGUCUCCAUCCAACACGUCAAACAAUACCAACAGUGGUUCGAGUGGCUUCCUGGCUGGGACAACUUCCCCUUCAAAGAGGUCAAGUUCAAAAUCAUCGCGUGGGCUAUAGCAAACGACAGCCAGCUGAUAGGAAAUCGUGAUGGCUUCCACGUCUACACCGAGUUUAAAGACAAAGAUGGAAUCAUUGCCUGUGAUCCUGGUUGUUCACGACAUCUCCACCCCGAUGGAGACUACUCUAGCUGUGGACGCGGUGCCGAGAAUCGGUUCCACCAGUACUUCUUUGUUGACAAGAGUUGGGGUGAAUUUAACAUGGGUGCCGCUUCAGGUGAGGGUAUCAAUGUCAGUGAGUAUGGCUGGGACACUGUUGGAAGCAAGAUGGGCAAAUGGUCUAUUCUAGUCCAUGAAACCCUGGAGGCGGAAGCGAUUACGGCCGUUCCGGAAUUCUCAGCUACCAGCUUGCACAUGUCUCGGAAAAUAUCGGUGGACCCUUGGAUGAAGAAGAUCAGUAUCAGUUGGAACCCAUGGCUAAGUAUGGUUCACAAACUUACCGGUAGCGUCCUCAAAAUCACACUGGGCUCCGACAAUGCACAAACCAACUUUGCUUAUCACAGAGGCUUUAUGGAUGCAGAGGCAUACUAUGUCACCUGCGUCACAUCCAAUACUAUCGUGAACCACUCCAAGGCAUCCAGCAACACAGGAUGGAACCUGGGAUGCUAA